CUCGCGAAGGGCGUCACAUUCCUUCACGAUCAUUCGAUCGCCCAUCUCGACAUCAAACCCGGCAACAUGGUCCUCACCGACGAGUUCUGUCUUCAGAUCAUUGAUCUCGAUGUCGCCGUUGAAGUCUCGCGCGACUCUCCCGUAUGCACAGACUACGUCGGAACCUUUCCUUGGAUGGCUCCGGAAAUUGAACAAGAGGACAACCGCCCAGCAAGGCCGUAUGAUCCCUUUCUUGCUGAUAGGUACUCGUGCGGCCAA